UUCCCAGCUCUUCCAGUAUUCAAUGUCCCGGUUAGUGUUCUGAUAUUCACCAGCACGGUUCUUCUUGUCAUCUUAAAUUGAAAUGGCAAGUAGACUGGCUUUGAACCUUUCUUUCCCAAACAGUCACGCCAUAUAAAUCCAGGGUAUAGUACAUGGGUUUGAUUCACCUUGGUUCCUCUGCAGUGUUCUUAAAUCUUGAAAAUGUCUUUUCUUUUUCCACUUAGCUUCAAAAGGGAACAACAUUAUGGCGGCUGCAGAAUUCAAUCAAGACUUGAUAGAAAUGGUCGAAAGUGCCGACGUACCGAAGCCUAUGUGUGAUGAGUUCAAGAAGAUGCUCUCGGGAAUGAAGUCAGUACAUGUUCAGUCGAAAUCGAAUCCAGAUACUAAUUUUCUGGCGUUUAGUUUUAGGGCAUGUCUAGCCGACUGCAUGCCGAAAUACAAGCUUGAUGUUCGUAGGAAAAUACUCAAGUUCAACGACAGCUCCAUCGGCGACGAAGAUACUCUAGAUGACCUCAAGAAUCGCCGAAUGGCCGUAGCCAAGACUAUAUUUGGCAAACUUGGUCCUGAUACAAAUAUCGAAGCUCCAUUAUUCUGCACCUGGGGUUGCAACACUUUUAUUGGUAAAAAUGUGUAUAUCAACAGGGAGUAGGUCACCUCGUCACAUCUAGACAAGAUAACUACUAAGUACGGUAUAACAGCGUCUCGAUUUUUGAUAGUGCGCCCGUUCAAAUCGGCGACCGUGUACUCAUCGGACCCGGCGUCUGUAUAUGCACAGAUACGCAUGAACUUGACGCUGUAUCCAGGGAGAAAAGCCAGAUGGGAUCUUAUGCGAAACCAAUAGUUAUUGGCAACGAUUGUUGGAUUGGUGGAAAGGCAAUCAUAGUUGCAGGGGUUACAAUUGGGAAUGGAUCGACGGUUGCAGCUGGAGCUGUUGUGGUCAAGGAUGUUGAAGCAAGUAAGUGCUGCGCAUUUCUUCUUUGGGUCUUUUCCGCUUUGUCAUUCUUUAUGCGAUCUUCAACCAUAUGCGAUUGUGCUUGGGAAUCUUACGGCUUACAUCUUUGGUGUGUAUACAGAUUGUCUUGUUGGUGGUGUACCUGCCAAGGUUAUUAGGAGACUUGAUAAUGUCGGUAUAUUAUCAAAAUAAACACUGCUCAAUUCGAUCCAUCCUUCUAUUUAGGCAAACAUACUGGGCUUUUUCUAUGGGUAUUUGGAGUGGGUGUGGACGGAGGAGGAGCACUUGGAAUUUUCUAAAUUCAAUAUGUAAUAUUGUUAUUUUGAUGAACUUAUCGUUGAUUGUUUUGGGUUUCCUUCAGUUAGUGAGUGCAUCUAGUCCGCACACAUCACUAGAUUUAAUGAGAGACCAAUACUCGCAUUACGAAUGGUCUUAUUGUUCAUGGUUAUAUCUCCAUGUACUGCUGUAAAAUAAUAGGUGAUUUCAUGGGUGAUCUCAGGAUUUUGUCCGGGAGUUUGACAUUGUUUUAAAAUUGGAUUU